CUGCCCCUGGUCAUUACAAAAGUGAUCAUGGCCUUUGUGCUGUUCGGGGCAGUGUGGUCCAUCACUGAGAAGGAGUGUCUUCCCGGGGGGAAUCUCUUUGGCAUCGUCAUCUUAUUUAUUAGUGCCGUCUGCGGGGGGAAGCUGGUGGGACUCAUCCAAUUUCCCACACUGCCUCCUUUCCCUCCACUCCUUGGAAUGCUUCUUGCUGGCUUUGUCCUCCGCAAUGUCCCGUACAUCACCUCUGCCGUCUACAUCGAUCAGAACUGGUCUGCUGCCUUGAGGAACAUCGCCCUGGCUAUAAUACUGACCAGAGCUGGGCUGGGCUUGGAUGCCUCUGCACUGAGGAAGCUGAAAGCGGUGUGUUUACGAGUGGCAGUGGGGCCCUGUAUGGUAGAGGCCUGUACGGUGGCUCUGGUCUCUCACUUCCUCAUGGAUCUGCCCUGGAUCUGGGCCUUCAUCCUGGGGUUUGUGCUGAGUGCUGUGUCCCCGGCGGUGGUUGUCCCCUCCAUGCUACUCCUCCAGAAGGAUGGUUUUGGUGUGGACAAGGGAAUCCCCACGCUGCUGAUGGCGGCUGGCAGCUUCGAUGAUGUCCUGGCCAUCACUGGUUUCAACACCUGUCUAGGAAUGGCCUUCUCCACAGGCUCCACUUGGUUCAACGUGCUUAAAGGGAUCUUGGAGGUGCUGGGGGGUAUGGUGGCUGGAGGUGUCCUCGGUUGUUUCCUUCGCUUCAUCCCCAGUGAAGAUCAGGAAGACCUGGUUAUCAGACGCUCCUUUCUGCUUCUGGGCCUCUCUGUGUUUGCUGUGUUUGCCAGUCGUGUCGCCGGCUUCUCUGGGGCCGGAGGCCUUUGCACCCUGGUCAUGGCAUUCCUGGCAGGACUGAACUGGAAACAAUCAAAGGCUCCUGUGGCUGCAGCUGUUGGGAGGAUGUGGGAUAUAUUCCAGCCCCUUCUCUUCGGACUAAUAGGGGCAGAAAUUACAAUCUCCACAUUGGAUCCAAAAACUGUGGGUCUGGGACUGGCAACACUCAGCACUGGGCUCGUGGUUCGAGUUGCGUUCACCUUUGCCAUGGUGCUCGUUGCUGGCUUCAAUUUCAAAGAGAAGGUGUUUAUUGCACUGGCCUGGCUCCCAAAAGCCACCGUACAGGCUGCCAUCGGACCCACUGCACUGGACAUGGCUCGUCGCCAGGGGGACGCUGUCCUGGAGAAGUACGGCAUGGAUGUCCUCACAGUGGCUGUUCUUGCCAUCCUUGUCACGGCUCCCAUAGGGGCCCUGAGCAUUGGCUUGGCAGGACCGCGGCUGCUGCGGAAGCAGAUGGACACUAACUUGGGGAACAAGUGCCCACAAGGUGUGUCUGGAGAUGGGACAGCAGCUGAGGCCUCUGUAACCAGAGAGAGUAAAUUAUGAUUUCCAAGCUUUUUCCUGACAAACAUCAG